GGGGUUUUCAUUCUCCUAUAAAUUGUUGACAAACAUCGUUGAAUUUUUAUACAAAUUAAUCAUUUUCUUUCAAGGUCAAAACUUGCAUUGCAAUUUCACUACAACAAGGAGAAAAAAUGGUAAUGGAAGCACAGGACUGUCAACUUCCUCCAGAAAUGCUAGAUAUCAUUUCCAAGAAUCUAGAUUUCGAUGAUCUCUUUCAAUUUGCUGGCGUAUGCAAGAGCUGGAGGGAAUUUCAUAAAAUUUACUGCAUAAAUUUUCUGGCAUCCCAAGCACCUUUAAUUUUCCAAACAUCUUCAUAUUCUAAGGAUGAUUAUUCUUUCUAUAGCAUACCAAACCAAAGAGCUUACCGCUUGAAGAUGGGUAGCUUAUGGGGAUAUUCCUAUUCCGGGUCUUCUAGUGGUUAUCUAAUUAUGGCCGGUGAUAAUGAUACACUUUUGCUUAUAAACCCUUUUAGAAGAAGAAAGAAGGUGAUCAAUACCUCAGUGCUUCGAGGUAAAUUUUCUAGUUCUAGCUGUCGUGCCUUACUUGCUUUUGCCAAGGGUUCUAAAGAGUUUGUUGUAGUAGUUUCGUGUACAAGUCAUCACAGUUUGCAUGUCUAUCAAUCUCGCGAUUCUGGUUGGGUUACUCAUUCCAUAAGGGGAAAUCCAUGGAAUGUUGUGGACUUUGUAGUUUUGCAUAACACUAUACACCUUAUCACCGACAAAGCGGACAUAGGGAUACUCAAUGUAAAUUCUACAAAUAUAAAAUUUCUAGAAUUGAACAAUGCUCCCUCCGUAACUUUCUCGCGCCUUAGGUUGGUUAGUUGUGAUGAGCAGCUUCUAGUUGUUCAUUUUGUACCCGAGAAAGUAUUGGAUGUGUACAAAAUAGACUUCUCAACCAUGAAUUAUGAGAAGCUAGAAACUUUGGGUGAUGUCGCAUUUUUUUAUUCGUCGUGGACAAACUUCCGUGCUUUGAGAAACCCAAGCAGGUGGGGAUAUGAGAGCAAUUCUAUGUAUUGCAUCUGUCUAUUUGCAGAAUGCCAUGUGUAUUCGGUGGAUGAUAACAAACUUCGGAAACACAUUGUGGCUUCUGGUAGUCUUCAAACUCCUGGUAGAUCAAACUUCUACUGGUUAGAUUGGUGUUUUCCACAUUUACAUGAUGAGGUAGAUUAUUCUCUGGUCAAGUAGCCGACUUAAUAGACAUUGUUAAGCUUGUGACCUUUGUGAUUGGACAUUAUUACUCUUGCUUUCAAGAAUCAUUGUCAUGUUCCUUGGAAGUUAAGAAACAGGAGGAUGAGGUAGAUUAUUCUUUGGUCAAGUAUCCGGCUUAAUGGACAUUGUUAAACUUUUCACCUUUGUGUUGGACAUUAUUACUCUUGCUUUCAAGAAUCAUGGUCAUGUUCCUUGGAAGUUAAGAAACAGGCGGAUGAGGUAGAUUAUUCUUUGGUCAAAGUAUCCGGCUUAAUGGACAUUGUUAAGCUUUUCACCUUUGUGUUGGACAUUAUUACUAUUGCUUUCAAGAAUAUGGUCUUGUUCCUUUGAAGUUAAAAACAGGCAGUUGAGUUGUGUUGAGUUACCUAAGAAUAUGCGUUUCACUAUUUUGCACAUCUUCAGAGAAGGAAAUCGUUGUGCAGACAAGAUUGCUUCCCUUUGGUCCUAGAAUUAUGGGCUUUUGGUGGGAUUUUAUCCCUUGUGUUUCCGAUUUAUUUAACCAAAAUAGGUUAGGACUUUUUGACUAUCAUUUCUAUUGAUGUUUUAUUUUUUUAGGGUUUGAACUUUUGUUUGCUAUGCGCUCUUUUUUCCCUAGUAAGGUUUUUAAUGACGCAGAUACUAUGUUCUUGACCGUUUACUUUGGGUUUUGGCCUAGUCCCCCCAAUAUUUGUAACUUUUCUUCUUUUUAUUUUUAUUAAAUAAAAAAAAAAGAAGAAGGCAUCGCUGCCUUUGUUUAGAAACAACAGAAAUACUGAAAAAAUUGUCAUGUUUAUAGAUUCUCAUGAUCUGCUGCGGCUGUUUUGGAUAGUGUGGUUGCUCAAAAA